AUGGCUUCACAAAACCCCCAAGCUGAAGCUGUGCGCACAGCCAUAGGUUCUAUAUCGACAUGUACCUCUGCAACAACUCUUGCGCUCAAGGAGCUUCUGCUGCCAAAAGAGCCACGCCCCGAGAAUCAAUCGACGACAGGGAGGCGCACAGCCGCCAAGGGUGCUGCCACCACGACUAACACGAGAACCCCGAGCGCGGCCAAGUCCCGGUCGAAGAAAGACAAGCCAAACGACUCCCCGAACAGCGCACUUUCAGAUAAAGAGAAGGCAGUUUUGGCGACCGAGGUCGUGAAUGCUAUUCUGAAACUCCUCGCCGAUGCGUCAAAGUCCGUGCCUGCGACGCCCGCUCGGCGCAGUCCCCAGGACGGAGAGCUUGUCCGAACAGUUGCGCGCAAUGCGCUCCGGCGGUCGAAUUCGGCGCCCAUGACUCCCCUUCAUGCGCGAUCGCUUAACCGAGUCACGACAUCUCCAGUCGCUGUUGCAAAGCAGGCUGCGAAUUCAAUUCCUUCGCCUUCGAACGGAUGCCUCGCGGCCGUGGAAUGCGGCCGAGUCGCUUUUACCGCCCUUCGGACAUUGCAAAGCUCUGGCAAGGUCACACUCCCGGAGCUCCAGCUGGAGGCGGGAAUGUCAUCUUUCAUCGGGAGAUUGAUAGGGCUCGGCAUGCAAGAACAGGCAGUCAAGGAGCUCCGGGUCUUGAAACAACGAUUGGACGGCGCGCCCAACACGACCAAGAAGACCGUAAAGGACACGGUCGCAGAAGGAGUUUCCUCAAGUCAGUCGAUCGCAGAGAUCAUCAACUUUGAAACUGUCCCAGACUCCCAGCAGGGACUCUCGCUCGCCACUACGGCACAGUUGCAAGCACUUCGCGUGCUAUCUACGCUGAAGAAGCCGUCCUUCAUCGAAGCCGCCUUGCCGUUCCUGAAAGCGUCCAAGACAUCGCCCCUGAGCCUGCUCCUGCAAUCUGCAAACUUGAAAGGCUCUGACCGCGGAAAGAUUGCCCGGCAGAUAGAGAAUCUGUCGCAGCUGGUUCUGUCACUAGCGCCGAGUAUCGCAAGCAAGGAUGACGGCCUGGCGGUCGAACCUCGGCUCAGUGUCUCACCGGUGGUUGCUCUGGAACUGCAGGUCAUCGGGAUCGAGGCAAGACUUCAAUGGUGGGCACUGGCUAAGCACCAAGGAGAUGUCGACAAAGAUAUCCUUUCUCCAUUGUCGCGAUGCCUGUCCGCUUACGUUCGUCGGUCGCGAGCGGAGAGGGCGUCUUACAAACUUUGCAACAAGUCUUUCGAACACAUCAUGAGCGUGGUACGGAUCCAUGAUUUGCGACCAUCAUCGACAUCGAAAUCACCAAUUGCCAGCAUCAAUCAGCUCCUGGCCUCUGUGGCACGUGAGGGUGGAUAUAUCGAAGAGGCAAUUGCCUCUGUCGAGAAACUCUACAAUACUCUGGAUCGAGACGAGGACUCAGCAGCUCGCCGUUGUUCUAUAGCUGCGCAACUGCUCUCACUCCACCUGAAGCAACCUUCGCAGUACUUGAAGGACGAGACGUUGCUGAAUGAGGUCCUGGAGGGGGUACAAGGGCCGCUCAAAGGCGACACAACGGAGCUGGAGGAGCUGCUCAUGAAUAUCUGCCAGCUCCGGAAGUCGGCUAUGAGCCUACUUAUAAAGCGUGUUCAGGACGAGGCGAGUCCAGAACACUUGCUGGAGAGCCACAGACACCUCCUCGAAGCCUUUGUUUUUCACUGCCCCAGAUUCUGCCUGAGAUGGCUCGGCAAGCCCCCAGCAUCGAAAAGCAGUACCAAGGACUUCCUCCGUUACGAGCAACGUCGACAGCUCUUAUCCAAAUCUAUACAUCAUAUUCUCGACUCUGCGCUAGUUGUCGCCAAACUCCAUAUUGACGAACGGAGGAUCGUCUGGGCUCAGCUGGAUUCAGUCCUCCAAGACUCGCUUACCCUGCUCGACUACAUGGGAGACUCAAACACAUCAACAACAUCCACAUCUUUUUACGUCAAGAUAUCCCACUUUUAUUACCUACAAUACAACACUCUCCGCCAACAGUCUACUGACCCGACAGAUGUCGAGCCACUUCGGGCCCUUCGUAAAUCUAUUGACUGCAUCAGGUAUCGGUCAAGGCAGGAGAAAGAGAGGUCGCAGAUCAUUCAAAAGCUCGAGCGUAUGGCCGAGCUUUGUAGAUCUCUUGGGAGAGGCGCAGAAGCACUAGGCGCUUUGCAAGCUAUUCGAAGCACUUUUGUCGAGGAGGGCGUGUUGAGAGAGAUCGCCGAGAGCCUCAAUACCCAGCCGCCUUCAGUAGCCUGGACCUCCAACAUGAAAUCUCUGGGCCUUUCACGAAGCCUGGCAGAGAUUUCCAAAUUGGAACAGGUUGCUGUCGACUGGACAUCGGAAUUGACCGAGCCGGAGAAGAUCGCUGUGCUGGAGCAUCAACUCCAUUUUGAGUCCAUGAGGCGGACGAGGAGUUCUCAUCGACCGUCGUUGAGCGAUGCAAACGUAGAAGCGCUGCUCCGAGCCUACUACCCGACACAGUUCCCUGUCAGAAGAUACCGAACUCUUCUGCGCCUGCUCGCGACUAGUAUGCAGGAUCGAGACGUCAUUGCCGACAUCCAAUCGCAAAUCAACGCCACCCAAGGUUUGAUCGAGAAUCAGGACCUCGGAGAUGACUCUUCACUGAGGAGUUACCUGCCUCAUUAUCAGAACCUCUACACAAGUCUCACGGGUCUCAUUGCAGGGUUCCCACAGCUCGCAACAUUAGAGGAAUGCCUCGCUACCUGGACAGAUCUGGUCGAAGCUCAUGCAUCAGAGGAGGAUCUCAACAAAUACCUUGAUGGGCCUUCUGACCUCCUUGCCCACCUACAAUCAGUUGCCGACUUCACACGCACGAUGGGUCAUGAGACUAUCUUGACGAAAGUGUUGGGGCUGUCAGCCAAGAUCAGCAAGGUACUGUCGGACUCGACCCAAGAAGGUCUCGACCUAAAGUACAAGUCUCAUCUGGCCACGCAUUACGUUGCAAUCGGAGAGAGCGCCCGGGCACAGGACAUCCUGAACUCAGGCAAACAGACACACAGCCUUAACGAUGUCUCUCUUGAGACAAGACUAGGUUUCCAUCUCUCAUUCGCCGAAUACUUUAUUGCCGUCGGUGAAACAGCCGAGGCCGAGGUUCAUUUGGAACAGGCUUGCCAGGCAAAUCACGAUACUCAAACCCGAGCGCGACUUUCAAGGGGUCAGAGGAAGGCUUUGGUCGCUCAGGCAUCCUUUCUUCAAUCGCUAGCAAGUCUCAAAAAGGGCGACUCUCACCACGCCUUGCUAGUAGCCCGAAAUGGCGUAAAGAUUCUAUUCCAAGAAUGGUCCAAACUCGAGAAAGAUCGUCAGUCCGACUCUACAAUUGACGCAUCUCUGUCCGAAGAUCAACAAGGAUUAAACGAGACCAGUCAGACCGAUCUGGAGCAACCACAGGAGUGUUCUAUGUCUCCUGAUGAAGUGUGCUCGCCAGCUUUCUGGGCAUUAUUCUACCCGCUUUUCCGAAGCCUUUCAUCCCUUUCGACUCUAUACGCUCACAUGGGUAUGUUUCAAGAGACCUUGUACUAUGCCGAGCAGGCAAACAAGAUUGCAAAUUCGACGGGAUCAUCGAUCUACAUUGCAAGCUCUGAGGCGUGGCUGGGAUCGGUGUGGCUCAAGGCCGCCAAACCAGACAAGUCUCUCUCUUUUCUGAACGCUGCUAGAUCAAACCUGGAAGAGGCGAACUUUUCCUCCCAGAUCGCCACUAUUGCUCGCGACAUGGGUGUCAUGUUUGGCAAGUUGCAGGAUUCAAAGGCUGAGGCGGAGAUGAUGCAGAAGGCGCAGAGCAUCAUGGUCUCUGUGGUCGAAAACAUGGCAAAGGUGGUUCAAGAUGACCAAUCCGUUUUGGAGACCAAGAUGGCAAGAAUGACCCUGAAGGAGAAACCGGCCAGAGAAGCUCGCAAGCCUCGAAUCCCGGCUCAGCGCAAGCCAGCGACAAAAGCGACCAAAGCCAAGACCAAAACGACUGCCGCACAGUUCCAACAACCACCUACUUCGGAGAACCUGGCAGUUUUGGCCCUCAACUCCACGAUCAUGGUUCAGAAGCUUUCUUCUUGCGUAAAGCAAAGGGACUGGGAUGCGGCCAAGGCAAUCGUGCAGACGAUGGAAGGCUUACCGCCCAGUUCGCUAAGUACCGUCUCGGGCAAAGUUGCGAGAGCUUCAUACCUUCUUGGAUAUAGCAUCGAUCAGAUGGCUCGAGACGCAGUCUUCUCUGUCAUCCAGGAUUCAACCCUUUCCUUCCCCGCAGUCGCCAGCUCGGGCGGAGAUAGAUACGGCCGACUCUCGUUGACGAAGCAGUCUCCCGCCGGGAAAACACGAGCCCCAAGCACGUCGCAGACCAGAGACAGCGCCAAGGAGGCCGGCCUUCCCGGAUUCCUGGAAAGCUUGAGGGAAGCCCAGGAAUGUCUCCUGGAGGCCCAUUCCAUAGCCUCGGUCAAGGGAGAUGCUGGUCAACUUCAUCGAAUCUCGGGUAUGCUCCAGAAUGCAGUCGUGCUUAUAUCGGCUGCCUGCUCCGCCAAGCCCAGACUGAUGAGCCACCCGGGCUUUGCAACAUGCAUCGUUGAGAUGGCGAGAAAUAUGACCUGGAGGAGAGAGCGGAAAGUUCUCCUUUUGGAAAAAGCACCGGCCAAGACGGAGGGCUUAGAUUGGCCUACUGCCACGGCUUCACUCGACGCAAGGCGGUCUAGCCUAGGCUUCUCUUCGGACGUGAACCGCUUCCAGCAUGACUUCAUCGACAUCAUACCCAAGGAUUGGAGUGUUGUCUCUAUUUCUCUGAGCGAGAACAAACACGACUUGUACAUCACGAGAUUACAAGCGACACAGAGCCCCUUUGUGCUUCGGCUUCCUCUGGAGCGGGCUAGCUCCCGAGAUGCGGACAACGAAGUCUUCAAUUUCCAGCAAGGACGCUCCGAGCUACUGGAUAUUAUCGAGAAAGCGAAUGCUAGUUGUCAUGAUGCACGGGACAUGUCUGUCAAGGGAGCCAAGUCAUCUUGGUGGGCAGAGCGUGAAGCACUAGAUGAGCGACUGAAGGACCUGCUGGUCAACGUUGAGCAGAUAUGGCUUGGGGGCUUCAAGGGCAUUUUCUCGCAACAGCCACGGCGCGCCGAUCUGCAUGCCAAGUUUCAAAAAGGAUUCCAGAAGAUCUUGGACAAGCACCUCCCUUCCCGGCGACAGGUUCGUGGAAGGAGAACCAAGGCCGCGUCAGCGCCCAAGGUCUCGUUGGACCCCAGAAUUCUGGAUCUCUUCGUCGGGCUUGGUGAUGUCACCGUCCCGGACUGUGACCUCGACGACGCCUUGAACGACCUGCUCUACUUCGUCGUUGACAUUCUGCAAUUCCACGGCGAGCGUAACGCGUACGACGAGAUCGACUUCGACUCGAUGGUUGUCGAGACGUUUGACGAGCUCCACUCGUACCACUCCGCCAUCAAUAAUAGCGCCGAGCCGGCAGGACGCUCGCACACUAUUCUCGUCCUCGACAAGGCUCUCCACGUCUUCCCCUGGGAGUCAUUGCCUUGCAUGCAGGGUCAGGCGGUGUCGCGGGUACCUUCGCUGGCAUGUCUCAGGCGCCUGAUUCUUGAUCAGCAGCAGCAGGCUUCCAGUGCCAACACCACGGAGGAUUCGGUGGUCCAACAGGAUAUGUCACUGGCCAGCCAGCCUAGUGGGCACCAUGUGUCGCUGACAUCGGGAACCUACAUCCUGAACCCGUCGGUGGACCUCAAGACGACGCAGGCCACCUUUGACAAACCGCUUGCGUCGGCUCUGUGCCCCGGCUGGAAGCGCAUCGUGGCUCGCGAGCCGUCCGAGGCCGACUUCGAGGCCGCCCUCACCGAGCGAGAUGUCCUCCUCUACUUUGGCCACGGCAGCGGCGCGCAGUACAUCCGCGGCCGCACCAUACGGCGGCUCGACAAGUGCCGCGCCGCGGUCCUGCUCAUGGGCUGCUCGUCGGCCAGCCUCGUCUACAAUGGCGACUUUGAGGUGUACGGCCCGGCGUGGAACUACAUGAUGGCGGGGUGCCCGGCCGUCGUGGGCACGCUGUGGGACGUCACGGACAGGGACAUCGACCGCCUCGCCGGCAGGCUGUUUGAGGAGUGGGGCCUGCUCGCCAGGGGCACCUUUGCGGAGAAGCAGAGCAAGAGUGGUGGUGGUGCCAAGGGCCGACGGGCGGCCAAGGCUGUGGAUGAUGCAACAGCAGCAGAGGCCGAGGGCGCAGAGGACGCAUCGCUCGUCGAGGCUGUGACCAAGGCCCGCGAUGCGUGCCGCUUCAAGUACCUCACCGCCGCCGCGGUGUGCGUCUAUGGCAUCCCGGUGUUUAUCACUCGGGAUUCGUGA